AGACCGUACAGCGAGGAGACCGGCUGAGGAGGAGGGUGGAAGGCCAGCGGCGGCCUCGCCAUGAGCAGCAACGAGCAGCAGGCGGUGGGUAGCAGAGCGCAGCUGGCGGAACAUCGUGCGACAUCGCACAAGAGACGGUUAGCGCGAUGUGGCAGCCGCCCGUCUCACAUCCGGGACAGACUCAUGACUGUGUGGCUAGGCACAGCUCAAACGCCAUCUAUAAAUAUGCCGAUGACACCACUGUUGGUGGCAGAAUCUCGGUUGGCGAUGAGGAGGCGUACAGGAGUGAGACAGAUCAGCUGGUUGAGUGGUAUCACAAAACAACCUCACACUCAACGUCAGCAAGACCAAGGAAUUGAUUGUGGACAUCAGGAAGGGGAGGGUAGAACACUGAUAGCAGUGGGACUUGGUAUCACAGCUGCAGCAUUUGCAGGUCGCCAUGCAUUUCGAUUAUGGAAACCUCUUCAACAAGUGAUUGUAGAAACAGCAAGAACUAUCCCCAGUCCCAGUUUUUCAGCAUAUUACAAAGGAGGAUUUGAAGCCAAAAUGAGUAAACGUGAAGCUAGUCUUAUAUUAGGUGUCAGUCCAUCAGCGAACCGAACGAAAAUCGCAGAAGCCCAUAAAAGAAUUAUGCUACUGAAUCAUCCUGACAAAGGUAGAAAUAAUAUUUAAAGAGGAUCACCAUUCCUUGCUGCAAAGAUCAAUGAAGCAAAAGAUCUAAUGGAUUCUUCUAGCAAAAAAAUAUCCUGAAGAAUUUUUUAUUUAUUAUAUAUCGUUUCACAUUGAUAUUUCUGGAAGAAAUUUUGCUGAUAUAAAUUGUGUCAAUGUUCUGACUUGGAAGAGUGAAAAUACAUUUUGACACAUGAACUGUCAAGUAAA